AUGCAGCCUAGUCAUCAUCACCGGAAGCGUCGCCGUCGUCGAACCAAACAAACACUCCAAGCCCCAAGGCGCCUGGAUCGAAACGCAGAACAAGAGUUAAAGAAAUUGGUUUGGGUUACGGUUGGAAAAACGGAACAUCAGGCGUGGUUGCUAGAGGAUGUCAAAGGCAAGAAUGUGGUCUCAAUUCGAUGGGAAACUACUGGAACCGAAGAGAGGGUACCUGUUCUCUCCAUUCGACACGAAGCACCAGACGAUGGACGUCGUUCCCGUCGACGGCGAACAUCUGUGCAAGAGUCAUUAACGGACUUGCCAGAGACUAGCAUUCAAUUUCCUCGGAAACGGAAACGACAGCAGACCAAGAGCAAGCCCGCAACAACCAUAGCGAAGGAAGGGCCAAUACAAAAAGAGCCAUCGGAAGGGGGGAGAAGGGAGAAUGGUGGAGAAAAAGUUGAGAGCGCGAGACUUGCGGAAGCGCUUUCAGUAUUGUCAGAUAUACGAAGUGGCCCAUCAGCGGAAUUGUCGUCCAAGAGGCCGAAGAAUCAAGGGAAAGCGGACCAGGGGAAAAAGUCAGCGUUGGCUAGUUCCAUCAGCAAACCAUCAUUAACAGAGCUGGGGUCUGCAAGGAAAAGUGCAAGUUCCGACAUACGGCAGAACCGAACACCAAUUAGUGGUUCUCCCAAACCAGAUCCACCAGCUUCGUCUGACAUCGCUAGCGGCACAAAGAGUACAAAAGUUGUAGGGUCAGUAGCAGCUGUUAUUGUAUCCAAACACGAGGAGGAACUGAACGAUGACGAUAGUGGAUAUCUGAUAUAG